UCGAAAAAGUGGCCCAACAGAUCGGCGGCAAGUAAUUCAUCAACAAACUCACCCGACCAACCACCCACCCAUCCGUCCAUCUAUCGAUAUCGACAUCACCAAGUCCCCUUAUCCAUCAAAUUAUUCCCUCCCUCCCUCCUCUUCGACCAAAACCAAGCUUGCGAAGCCACCCGCACCGUUGCCAAGUACACCUUCUCCCUCGUCCCCGCCGCCCUAGGCGUGUGGGUUGCACCGUUGCAGGUGUCCAUAUCCAUGCCAACUUCGACCAUGCGCCGCAUGCAGCGAUCGUCGCUCGCAACGCUACACAGCUACCGGCAGCACCAUCACCGCUACGAGCCCCUCCCCAUUCGCGACAUCGAUGAUAUCGUCGAGGAAGAAGAUGACCAUGGGUCCUUUCAUCCACAAACUGCGUCGCCCGACGAAGACACAUCACGGCCAGUGAAGACGCCAUCAUGGGUUUCGAGCGUGGGUGAGGGGUUUACAUACUCGAGGGGUGCAGGGCAAAGAGGAUACACUGAGCUUGGAGAUGGGGAUGACGGCCAUGAAUGGGACGACGACGACAAUGAUGAUGGCCAUUACGAUGACAAGUGGCGAGGAGGAUCGAAGAAGGCAUCGUGGGCCGGCUGGUUGGGAGGAGGCGUUCCUCUACCUACCGUCAAGGGCUUUACGAACCGUAAAAUCUACGCACACUACCUCACCCCGCGGCGGAGAAAACGCUCGGUGCUGCGCUGCAUCUACUGGACCGUCUUCUCCUUCCCGUACGCCUGUCUCUUCCUCGUCCUCAUCGCCGCCACUCUAUUCCCCUCGUACACAUACCAUCCACCACACUACACCGAGCUGCGUCGUCGCGCGGAGGCCAGCAGAGAACCAGGGCGCGCGAACGUGUACAACGAGAAGGUCUUCAUCGCAGCGUCGAUAUACGAAAAAGAAGGCGCCUUGACAUCGGGGGCCUGGGGAAACUCCAUGCGCGAGCUCGUAGAUCUGCUGGGCCCAGAGAACGUCCAUUUAAGCUUGUAUGAAAACGAUGCGGACGGCCUCACGAAGCAGUCCCUAGCCCGCUUCGAGCGAAAUCUUCCGUGCAACAAGACUAUCGUAUCUGAAGAUCUCGAUCUCCACUCGCUCCCGCGCGUCGCCCUCCCCAACCCCGCUGCCGCCCCCCGCAUAAAACGCAUCGCCUUCCUCGCUGACGUCCGCAACAAAGCCCUCGCGCCUUUAUCCACCGCCACGCAGGCCGGCAUACGCUUCGACCGCCUCCUCUACGUCAACGACGUCAAUUUCGAUCCUGUGGACGCUGCGCAGCUCCUCCUCUCUACCAACCGCGAUCCGCGUACCGGCCGCGCAAACUACGCCGCCGCGUGCGCAGUCGACUUUAUCAAUGCUUUCAAGUUCUACGAUCGCUUCGCGUUGAGAGACACCGAGGGGCAUCCGCCGGGCAUCCCUUUCUUCCCGUGGUUUACGAGCGAGGGGGAAGGAAAGAGCAGGAAGGAUGUACUUGCCGGCAAGGACGCAGUGCGGGUGAAGAGCUGCUGGGGCGGCAUGACGGCGUUCGAGGCGCGGUGGUUCCAGGAGGGAAUCCCGACGACACAAUCUGGUACUGGCGAUGAUGACGAGGUAGCGGAGGACGCGAGACAUAGCACCUCGACGACAGCGACAGCGACAAAGCCAGCACACAACGAAACCGGCAACGCAACAGCAAACCCCGAACCGCUGACGGGCAUGCAAAUCGCCGCCCCGCUCCGCUUCAGAUACAACCCAGACCCCUUCUGGGACUCGAGCGAAUGCUGCCUCAUCCACGCCGACCUCGCCUUCCGUCUUCGUCAAUCCUCCUCCUCCCCGCUCCACCUCCCCACCGCAUCCUCCUCCACCACCGAACCCGGCGAAGCGCACCCCGCCGACGACGACGAUACACGCAUCUACAUGAACCCAUUCAUCCGCGUCGCCUACGACCCAACCACCCUAUCCUACCUCCCCCUCGUCCGCCGCCCAGAGAAACUCUACGCCCUCAUCCACGACAUCCUAAACCGCUGUGUCGGGUUCCCGGGCUUCAACCCGCGCAGGUCCGAGACCCCAGGCCAUGUCGUCAGCGACGUCGAGUGGGUGCCGCUUCCGCGCAACUCAACCAACAUCGUUGAUGACAAUGGAGAGUGGAUGGGGAAAUGGAAACAUGUGCAACGUGUUGCGGGGACGGGUGGGUUCUGUGGGACUAGGCAGUUGCUUGUUAUUAAUGAGGAUCGUGGAGGGGAUGGAGAUGGGGAGAGGUGGAGUAAAGUCGAGUUACCGCCGCCGCCUCCGCCUCCUUAGCUUACGGCCUUCUUCAUCUUCUUCCUCUUUUUUGCUUUUUGUAACGAUUAUCUUAAAA